UUGCAGUCGCACCGGAAGCUGCGUGAGGUUACCAAAUGUGAAGCGCUGCUCUUGGGAAGUUCUACAACUGAUUUUUGUCAUACGCUCAUUGGCACUCUGUGUUUCUUCUGCGGCAUUUACUUCUUCGUAUUUCGUGUCAAACUGCCGUGUGCAUCGAAGAUGUUAAGAAGUCCCUCCAUGCAGCUUCUCAGGCAGGUGGUGAGACACCGGAGCACAGACACCAGCCUGAUCCUGGAGAGAUCAAUAAACCGUGUCCAGCUGUUGGGUCGAGUUGGUCAAGAUCCUGUGAUGAGACAAGUUGAAGGUCGCAACCCCGUCACCAUCUUCUCUUUGGCGACCAACGAAAUGUGGCGCUCAGGCGAAGGAGAGAUGAGCACAACAGGUGACAUCAGUCAGAAGACGACGUGGCAUCGCGUGUCCGUGUUCAAACCUGGUCUGAGAGAUGUGGCUUAUCAGUAUGUCAAGAAAGGGUCAAGGAUUCUGGUUGAUGGGAAGUUGGACUAUGGAGAGUAUGUCGACAAGAACCAAGUGAGACGCCAAGCAACGACCAUCAUUGCAGACAACAUUGUCUUUCUCAGUGACAACAUUCGGGACAGAGCUUGAAACCAUUGCCGUCUGGAACCGCUAUAUUCUCUCUUUUGUAUAUUCUAGUAGAAAAAGACUGAGAUCUUGAAAACCACCUUUUAAAGAAGAAGAGAGUGGGAUUUUGGAUGUUGGCGCUCGACUGCAGCACUAACUACUGGCAAAUACCACCCUGCCAUGUUAAAAGGACCUUUUGUAGUGGAAAUGUAUAAUCAUGUUUUUAUUCACAAUAUGUUAUUUUGUGUUUAUUUUUGAGCUGCUGUUUGUUCACACAUCUGGAGCUUAUUCUAAAUAUGCAAGCACUCUCUCCGUUCACAGCCCAUCAUUUUUUGUUUUCUUCAAAGACAGACGCCUGAACCCCAAACCCCAAACGUGUGCAAAGUUGGGAUCACAAGCAACUGGAGUCUGAGCUAUGCUUGCUCUGACCUGUGAUCAAGAAGCUAUAUGACUGUGCUUCACACAAGUCAGUAGAAACUGUCCAAAGUUGAAGGCGAUAGACGCUUGUUGUGUGGUUAAUGUGACAUUAUAACCCUGUCGCAUUAUCAUUAACAAGUGUGCUGAACUCAAAUGUUAUUUAGGAUGCCCUGAGAGAGAGUUUAUAAAAAGUGCACCAAGCACCUUUCCCUGUGAGCUGAAGCAACCAGUCAUGCAAUCUCUUCCGUUCAUUUGUGGUUUCAACUUGGACGCUUAUCAGCAAAUUUCUGUUUCAUUAAGGUUAACAUUUCUCUGUAACAUGUUUAAAAACGUUAAGCCCGUAUUUGUCUUUUCAUUUCUGUUCAAGAAUGUGGUGGGAAAGCCUGUUGAGUCACCAAGUAGUUCAUUAAAACCUCCCUGAUAAUGAGAUAAACGUUUCACUGCGGGACGACUUGACUUCAUUUUCAUAGUUCACUGUGGGUGGGUCUAUUCUGAAGGGAUUCUUGGCUGAACGCGAUUGGUUGCAGACAUACAACUCACUUUUGAUUGGCUCUUUACGUUGUCAGUUCAAAUGCUGGCCAGUACUGUUGAGCGGGCGGGCACAUGUGAAAGUGGGGCUGAAGACCAUACAGGAAAUCCGAGUCUAA